AUGGACGAUCCCAACCGCGUGAGGAGGCAAGGCGAGCCACCAAUGCAUCCCUCCACCAGCACACGAUACAUGCAAGAUCCAUUGCAGGCGCGCCGCUCUGUUCCCGGUGGCUCUGUAGAUCGAUAUAACCGGCCCGCACCACUCAACACGUCACCUGCUCAGGGAAGAGCAAUGGGAGGAGCAGGCAGCUACAGCGCGUACAGCAACUACUCGGAGCAGGUGCCAGGCAACUUCAAUGCGCCCAUGGCCGCGAAUACGAUGCACUACCAAGCUGGCUACGGUCAGGACGGAAGACAACAGCAGAGCUUUGGUGGGUAUAACACCAUGCCCAUGAGCUACGACAACAUCGCCGGUGCCAGCUACGAUCCGCAGUCGCAGUUCCAACGGCAGCCUGCAGGAGCGCCCAUCCUGCCGACCGACGUUCCCGCAAAUUCGUACUUCUCGAACGAUCCCGGCAACGCGUCCACAGCAACAAACAUUGCGCACGCGCCAUCCGGCACCACGCCUGCGUCAGCCUACCAAACUUCUUCGCAAGUGCAGAGCUACUCGAACAACAUGUCUAGCGUAGGCGCCAUGUCGCAAUCAGCACCGAGCGCCGAUGUUUCGCUGGAGGAGCCAGAGUACCCUGCGGCAGGAGGCCUGGAAGAAAAAUGGCUGGAGUAUCAAACAGCCCUGCGGGGUGUCUUUCAAAGCAUCCGCGCCGGGGCAUUGGAGGGUGCCAGUCAGUCGCUUCUCGACGUUUCCAGCUGGCUGCUCUCGCAGGUGACGGACCUAGGCCUCAAUCUCGAUGACCAGAAGCUCCACGGAGACAGACUGAAGCUGUGGCAAGACUUUAACUAUGCUUGGCUCGCCUUGUUCCAGGCGCAACUGGAUCUGGCCAAGUCUGGGCGGCCACCCCAGCGAUCCCAAACUCCCAUGACCGAGGAAACAAUCAUCAAGAUGGGCAAGGAGCUGACGCGACUUUGCGACGGCAUUGAACGACAUGGUCUGAUUGACUAUGACUACGGCGUAUGGGAAGAGGACAUCAUGGAGAUUGCAAUCAAGUGCCUGGACGUUGCCCAGGGCGUCGAGGGUGGCGGGUCCAAUGCGGAUGCGCCCGGCGCCAGCGCGCACGGCGGAAGCAAUUAA